AGAUAUCAAGAAGCAAGUGGAAUUCUGGUUUGGAGAUGUGAACCUCCACAAGGACAGAUUUCUGAAACAACUCAUUGAACAGUCAAGAGAUGGAUAUAUUGAUAUUUCUGUGUUAACGAGUUUUAAUCGAAUGAAAAAGAUGACAACUGAUGUCAAGUUGAUCGCCAGGGCGCUUAAAAAUUCAGCGGUUUUAGAGGUCAAUCUUGAAGGAACCCAGAUCCGUCGUAAGCAUGUGCUUGGUGACAGACCAAAGGAUGUAGAUGAAAGAACAAUAUAUGUGGAACUUCUGCCAAAAGAUGUGACCCACAGUUGGAUAGAACGUGUGUUCUCCAAGUGUGGGAACGUGGUGUAUGUCAGUAUCCCAAGAUACAAGUCAUCAGGACAACCCAAAGGAUUUGCUUUUGUCGAGUUUGAGACUGAAGAACAAGCACAGAAAGCCAUAGAGAUGCUGAACAAUCCUCCUGAGGAUGCUCCCAGGAAAGCAGGAAUUUUUCCAAAAACAGUAAAGAACAAGCCUAUCCCCUUUGAAGCGGCUCAGGAUACCACACAAGAAGAAGACGAGGAUGGAAAGAAGAAAAAGAAGAAGAAGAAAACACGGAAAGAAAGCGCCAACGCAGAGACGGUAUCCGUCGGAGACAAAGAGAAGGAACUUGCAGCUGAGGAAGAGUCCAACGAUAAAACAAGGAAACGUUCAGUGGAGGCCACGGAGAUGGAGGAAUCGGAGGCACAGAGGAGUCAACUGAAAAAAGUAGAGAAGAAAAGACGGCGGUCCCGCAGUACCGAAGCGUCUGGAGGUGAUGACCAGGUGGAGAUGCCGGCCAAAAUGAGAAAACUGGGAGAGGAGGACGAGGCCGUCGCCAGUGCUGAAGAUUUGGCAUCUGAGGAUACUACAAUGAGACAGGAGGGGGAUGAAAAAAAAGAAGAUUCCCUGUUGAAGGCCAAAAGAAAGAGGAAGAAGAAGCACAAGGAAAGACUGAAAAUUGGAGAAGAGGUCAUUCCACUCAGAGUUCUCUCCAAAAAAGAAUGGCUGAACCUGAAGGAGGAGUAUUUGAUGCUCCAGAAACGCAGCAUGGCGUCUUUGAAGAAGUCCAUGUGUGAGAUUAAGACAAUGGAAUGUGAGCCUAUUCAAACCGGCGAGGAUACCAGUAAUAAGGAAGACAAAGAAACAUCCACCGGCCCUUCAUUUGAGAGUGGAGUCAUUGUCAAAAUCACUCAUACACAGCCAUUGCCAGGAAGAAAAUGUGUCAAGGACGCUCUCUCUGAAAUUGCACCGGUGGCAUACGUGGACGUGCUCGAGGGGGACGCGGAGGGCCACAUCCGAUUCAAGACCCCCGAGGACGCGAAGGCCAUUAUCGCAGCCGGCUCGACGCUCCAGAAAAAACAUAACUGGAAACUGGAGAUCCUUUCUGGUGACAAUGAACAGAGGUACUGGCAGAAGAUCUUGGUGGACCGGCAAGCCAAGCUGAAUCGGCCGAGGGACAAAAAGCGGGGCACAGAAAAGCUCAUUUCCAAGGCUGAGAAGAUCAUCAUUGCCCGGGCCAAGGAGCAGAGCAAACACAUCCGUUUCGAUGACUACUGA